UCCACUAUCAAACAAUUUCGAUUGCUUUUCACAUUCUAUGCCGUUACCACCAAUUCUUUAUUAAUAAAUCUCAGAAAGACACCUUGUGCUCGAACAUAUUGGCUAUUCUCUCUGGUGGUUCAUCGAUUAAGGAUUGAUAUCCUUGCACGCCACAUCCUCCAAGGACUUCCUAAUUGGCACUGGAUAGAUAGUUUCCUGUUCCUGUUAGUUCAAUGCGGGGUUGAAAUGAUAGUUAUUGGUAGUCAACAUACUAAUUGCUGGAGUGUCAGUAGCCAUUGUUCUACAGAGUCGGAGGUUAAAGUGUAUAUCUGGCCAUUCUUUCUGGAGCGGAGUAUCAUGAAGACAUCUGAAUCACAUAUAAUGGAGUAUUCCUUAACUUUCUUAAAUAACCCCUUUCUGCGGCGGAUUCUUUGUUGA